AAUGGCUUCAGAUAAAGAUGCUCCACCUGCAAACUCACAAGAAAACUCACAAGAAAGAGAUGCUCCGGAUACAAAUGCUCCACCUGAUACUGAAGCAAAAGAAGUUGCACGAGGCAUCACGAUUAUGAAGGGAAUCAUACGACAUAGAGACCAAGGAUUAGUAUACCCUUUGGAAUGGAAUUCUGAAAACCAACCAAUUGGUCCUAAUUCUGCAAAGUUGACAAGUUACAUUGGUACACUUGUUCGUAUGCAUAUUCCAAUCUCCGUAGCUAAAUGGAAUAUGAAGAGUGACGACUUGGAUAAUAAAAAAAAGGCGAUUUGGGAAGAGCUUCAGAGGACCUUUGACAUACCAGAUGAGCGUAAAAAGUACAUACUUAGUUUGGCCGGAAAAAGAUAUAGAGGGUGGAAAGCUUUUUUGACAAAUAACUAUCUUAAGGAUAAAGAUGGAAACUUUCUUGAAGAGGCGCCGGGAAGACCACUAAAGUAUAAGAUCUUCAUUGAUGAAGAAGAUUGGGUUAAGUUUGUAAAUCAAAGAGAUGAAGCUUUUCGGAAAAGGAGUGUCACAAAUAGCGCGUGAGCAUCAAAACCCGCAU